AUGGGCCCAGAACCGUCCUUCAGUCCACAAUCUCACAGAAAGAGACAGGGGGCGCCUCCACGCAAAAAAGCAUGUCAAAGCUGCACCAAAUCCAAGGUCCGCUGCAGCCUCGACCGACCGGUCUGUUCUCGCUGCCGGUUAUCGGGUCGAGCGUGCGUGUAUCCUGUUCUCAGCGGAGGUAGCGACUCGAGUCGUGCCAAGGCAUCUCAUUUCGCAAUCGAAGAUACGACUUGUGAGUCGUAUCCUGAUGCAUCGGUGUUGGGUACGCCGUCGAUUGAUCCACUCCCCGAGAUGCCCAUCCCUGUAGCUCCCAGUACGAGCGGCUCCAUCUGGCAUUCUCCGAUCCCACCGCACAGACACGUGGGAACAAGUGGUUCCGAUCAGUCUGCAUACUCCUUCAACUUUGUAGACAUCAGUCUAGUCCCGAGCGCAAAUGCGGGAGAUAUCCGGGACCGAUGGCUGAGACCGUAUAUUCUCCCUCCCCUGGGGCAGGAGGAGUUUCCCAAGGUCUAUCAUCCGUUCACGCUACAAUAUAUCUCGCGAGUCUUGGCUACCUACCCACGGUUCAUGUUGAAGGAUAGUGGUCUUCCACCGAUUAUACACUGGGCGCAGAUAACCGGCCGGGAGAUGCCCCGGUCGCUCGCUAACUGCUAUAGUUUGGUCCGGCUGUGGGAGCAAGCGGUGCCUGGUAGUGAGGCGAUGGUGAUUAGCACAGUCGAGAGGGAGAUGGAACGGUUGGCUACAGAGCCGCCUAGUCCGCACGACUUCGACCAGCUGUCAUCUUUCCAGGCGUACCUCCUCUACUCGAUCAUGAUGUAUUUCUCACCACGGAACUCUUCUGCCGCUGUCAACGAUAAGACGAUGAUCACUUUGAUGGAGCUCGCAGCCCGCACCGCCUGCAAUGGCCUCUUCUGCACGGCUGAGGUCGCGCAUACGCGACCGUCGUGGGAGUCCUGGAUCGUGGUGGCUGCGAAACGACGCACCAUCCUAGCCAUGUACCUCUUCAAUAGCGUGUACAACGCCGACCGGCUACUGCCCAAUUUCGGCGCCGAUGAGAUGAGGGGAGUGUACGCGCCGGAAGACAAAGAACUCUGGAGUGCUCACAGUCGCGAUGGGUGGGAAAAGUCAUACGAUCGUUACCUACUAGACUGGGAGGACGGGUUCUUCGAGAUAUCUGAGCUGUGGAGGUCUGCGGAGACGGGAUCAACCGAGCGGAGAGCAAGGAUCGAACGCUGGGCUCAAACGCUGGAUGAAUAUGGGAUGAUGAUUUUCGGCGUGUGUUCACACCUCCACGGAUGCUAA